UUGCCAGAAGAGGGAGAGAGAGAGAAGGGAACUAUUCUCCCAGCUGUUUCCUGUCUACAGUGUCUGUGUAAAUGUAGAUAAAUGUGAGGCUUUUCUGUAAAUCCCUCUUCUGUUUGCAAAAUCUGACUGUCACUGCUAAAAUCAGAGCAGAUAGUCUACGCAAUGGAACAAAGUCCUCUAUAUUGAAAUGUGACAUUGCUCUGAACAUCUCCACUGGAUUCCUUUUAUUAUCACAGCUGACCAUUCCAUUCCCAGUCUCUGCUCUCCUCAGAAGCCAUGGAAACAAACAACAAUCUUUCAACACAAUUAUUUAAGUGCUACUUUUGUGAUAUCUUAAAGCUGAAGAUGCACAAAAUGUCCUGCAUUCAUCUGCUCUACCUGGUUUUGUGUUUCCUGACUUUAACCCAUUCAGCAGCUGCUGGACCAGAGACCCUCUGUGGUGCUGAACUGGUGGACACUCUUCAGUUUGUAUGUGGAGACAGAGGUUUCUAUUUUAGCAAGCCAACAGGGUACGGAUCCAACAAUCGAAGAUCGCAUCACAGAGGAAUAGUAGAUGAGUGCUGUUUCCAAAGCUGUGAUUUCAGAAGGCUGGAGAUGUACUGCGCUCCUGCCAAGCAAGCCAAAUCAGCACGUUCUGUACGUACUCAACGUCACACUGACAUGCCAAAAGCCCAGAAGGAAGUACACCCGAAGAAUACAAGUCGAGGAAACACAGGAAGUCGAGGAUUCCGAAUGUGAAUGCUGCCACUAAAAAUCUCGGAGUAUGAAUGUACCAUCUGCAGGAUACUUUUACUGUAUGAAAAAGGAACAAAAAAACACAGUGGAAGAUAGCGAACAUUUUUCUGACUAUGAACAAGUUUGACAACAUCUCAACCAAUGGGCAUUCUCCCUCUAUACAAUUCAAAUACACAUUCCAAUGUUAUAAACAUCCUUGCCAAGUAUUAUGACUGCUCUAAUAUUGUGUAAUCUUUCACUUGUUUUGCAUAUCCUGCUCAAACAUUUCUUUUCAUAACCUGUGUCCAAUAGAGGUCCGAAAAUGAUGAGCCUUUGGGUGGCUCUAAUUGCACUAAAGCCUUUGAAUGUUCCGUGUAUCCUGGAACAGUUAACCAGCCUUGUCUAAGAAAUCUUAUAUUUGCACUUCUACCAUGCAACAGGCUGUUUGUUUUUCAGUGUUUGAUAACACUGUUUGCCUGCCCUUUUGUAUUUGCACAAAUUUGCUACUCAGCAGCAGUUACGUUUUUUUUCUGAUUUUGCAGCGUUUUUGGAGUCAUAGCAGACAUCCCAGGUAUGGCCAGAUUCAUUUAAAGGACCAGUAACACCAUACAAAAAAACACUAAGGGCAUAUUUAUUAUACAGGUAUGGGACCU